AUGAUGUUGGGGAAACCCUUCCAUGUGGUGACUCCUGUGUUGGAGAGCAUCACUUUGUCCCAGGCUGCUGGCAGUAGGGUCUACAUGAAAAUGGAAAAUGUGCAGCCCAUGGGCUCCUUCAAGAUCCGAGGCAUUGGCUAUUUCUGUCAGGAGCUUGCCAAGAAAGGCUGUCUGCACUUCGUUUGCUCCUCUGGUGGUAACGCUGGCGCUGCUGCGGCUUAUGCUGCCCAAAAACUCAGUAUCCCGGCCACCAUCGUGGUGCCGGAAUUUGCAUCACCGUCCACGGUGAAAAGGCUGGAGAAUCUGGGAGCAGAGGUGGAGAUCUUUGGGAAGGUGUGGGAUGAAGCCAAUGACAGAGCCCUGGCCCUGGCGAAGGAAGAUGGCUGGGUCAAUGUCCACCCCUUCGACCACCCAUUAGUGUGGAAAGGUCACAGCAGCCUGGUCAAGGAGCUGAAGGACUCCCUGGACGCCAAGCCGGGAGCCAUCGUCCUGUCGGUGGGAGGAGGUGGGCUGCUGGCCGGCGUGGUGGCAGGUCUGCAGGAGGUGGGAUGGCUAGAUGUGCCCAUUGUGGCUGUGGAGACCAGAGGAGCAGAUAGCUUCAGUGCCGCCAUCCAGGCGGGGCGACUCGUCACGCUGCCUGAUAUAACCAGUGUGGCAAAGUGCCUGGGGGCCAAGACCGUGGCACAACGGGCACUGGACUGUGCCAGCGAGUGUCCAAUCAUCUCGCACGUGCUGGACGAUGUCGAAGCUGUGAAAGCCGUGGAGCAGUUCCUAGAUGAUGAACGGAUGCUCGUGGAGCCUGCCUGCGGAGCCUCUCUGGCCCUGCUCUACUCCGGCCACAUCCAGCGGCUGCAAGAUGAGGGACGCUUGAGCCGGACCCUGGGCUCCAUCGUCAUUAUCGUGUGUGGGGGAGGCAAUAUCCGGAUGGACAUGAUCGAGAACAUGAAGGACCAGCUGGGGAUGAAGUGA